AUGGCGGUACAUAUCGAAUCGUCUAUGCAGUUUAGCAAAUUGCUAGGCUCAUCAACUAUAGUUGUUUCCGAUUUUUAUGCGGACUGGUGCGGACCCUGCAAAGCCAUCGCCCCAACCUAUGAAUCUUUAGCUACCAAGCACUCGAAGCCAAAUCGUGUUACAUUUACGAAAGUCAAUGUAGAUAAUCAGCAGUCCAUAGCUCAGCGAUAUGGAGUUAGAGCCAUGCCAACCUUCCUCAUCUUUCGGUCCGGCGCUGUCAUCGAAACUAUUCAAGGCGCAGAUGUUCGUAAGCUCACGACCGCCAUCGAGAAUGCUGUGAAACUAGCCGGUGCACCAAAGCCAUCCUUCUCCAGCCCAGGACAAACACUGGGCGGAUCUGCCCCUACGCGCUCCACGAUGGCAAGACAAUUUAGCUUUGAUAGGCUACUCCACGAUAUUAUUGCAUUUUUCGGGCUCUACCUCUACUCCCUGUUCUCAUUUGAUGCAUACACCGCAGCAGAGAACUCACCAUUCAAUAUCCACAAGGUCCCUGCUGCACCGGCAGCAAAAACACCCAGUGGAAGAGCUGGAGCAGCUACUCAGGUUGGAAAGAAACUAGGGACUAUCGCUGACUUAGCGGGCAAAGAUUGAAUGAAAUGCGUGGAGUUUACUAGGUGCUAUACGGGUGGCGUAAUUUUUGAUAUCAUCUUUCGGUCAGAAUACCUUCAUUCUUGGUGCAAUCACAAUAUAAUUGAGCAAAAUUUACGCUGGAAAAUUAUAUUCUGCGAGUUUCAUCUUUCUUACUGGGCAACCUUACUACCAUAUUUGCUGUUUGAUUCUGUCGGACACAUGCUUACUCUGUAUUUUGCCGCCGUACAUUACUAGACGGCGGGAUGAAUAGGACUGAUCUCCUUAUUCUCUUGUUAAUGGAAUGUUGUGUUACAUGAGAAUAUAUCCUGUCACUCUAUUCAUCCUCGGCCCUAAAGGUAUUAUAACCAAACUCCAUACUUGUGCCUGUAUCUUUCUUUGAUCUACUGGAAUUGGACAUUCGCAUUGGUGGGGUACCUGAGAUAUGCAGGCUAAAAUGAUGCGUUAAAAUCAA